AUGAAAGAACCAUUUCAAUUAAUGCUUCCGACAUCACCGGCGUCCCUCGAUGGCCCUCCUCCCAACUUUCCUGAAAGGCCAAGCAGGCCGUACACAGCGGCGGCAGAUCGCACAUUACGAACAUGGCGCUCAGACCAAAACCUGAAUUGUGGCAACCUGGAGGGAUUUGGUCUUCUACCUAGCCCGCCUAUAUCAGAAUCACGCCCCGCAAGCACGGGUCCUGAAUUAUCUUACUUUGAUGCGCAGUCCUCGGAUGGAUCAGGUCGAUCAAGUGACGGGCAGGAUAAGUCUGGUACCACCAAACAGGAAGUUUCUCCAACGGUCGCGACGCUUGAAAUCGGAGAAAGAAUACAAUACACAGCAUACCGUCCCCCAGAUUGGAAGAACCAACCGCGAACAGAUGUCAUGAAUGUUCACGAAGCCCACUCAGAGUUCGUACGCCAGUGCGAGUCCAGCAAUGAACGGGAGUCAUACGUCCAGUCUCCGAAAAAGAGUGCACCUUCUAUAGCAUCCCCAAAGUCAAUGCAUAGCGAGAGAGUGGUGGUUCCCGGGAGCUCGCCAAGACCACAAAGACCCCGGACUGGGACAGUCUCGAGUGAAGCUAGUUGGGUGCCGAGUAACUUCUCAUACUGUGAAAGAUGGCUGCAAGGUGUUCCCGUUGACAAGGUGGACGAUCAAAAUACCACUACAAAGGAGUUCACCAAUCGGCGCAAGUGCCAGAUUGUUGAGAAUGAUCCUCCAAUGCCAAAACUGGACAUCAUCCCGGGAGCAAAAGCCCUUGAAGAACCUGUGAGAUUUGUUGUCGCCAGCAAGACUAAACCGAAACUUGUCGACAUCGCUCGACAAUCGUCACCAUCGCCUCCACUAAUUCCACCGCCAUGCUUGCUGCCAAACACUGUACCGACGACCCCAGAUCAGCGUCAAGAGGAAGUAUCCGCAUUUAGCCCGGACACUCCUCUCGAUAUGUCUGAUAGUGGUUAUGGGACUCGCGACUCUGGGUUUUCCUUUGAUAGCUAUGAUGAUAGCAAAGUGGAUCAUGACGACGACGAUGCGUAUACCGAUCCAGGGUCACUGACCUCUUCGGACAGUGUUGGAUCGACUGUGAUAUGCGAGAAGCCUGGAUCCGCGCAGGGAGAGCGCGAAACAAGCCCACAACCGGAAAUCAGAUCAGGCAGCGUGAGCCCCAAGGCAUCAUUCCUAACAACGACCCAUUUACCCGGGCCGACGUCUAUCAUCUCUGAAAACGAGGAUGAAAAGCCCCGGAUAUGGCACCAUGACUGGUCCAUGGACGAUCAUGAAUGGACUUUAGAUGAGCUAGAACACUCUGUCAAGGAUUUUCCUCGUCAUAUGCUCCGCCUCGCAUCCCCUGUCAUGGUAUUCCUUCGCAAAAACGACGAGAAGACCCUGAUUAAACCCUUCCGCACUAUAUUCCCCGAUGUCACAGAGAACCUAAUCGACUGUCUCUGUGCUGCCCUCCUCGCUCGAAACUACCUCCUUUCCCUGUCAACCAUCCACCGAAACAAGCCGGCCAUCCCACCGCGCAAAGAUGUGUACGCCAUCGACGGCGUCCCGAAAAAAGCAUACACCACCCUAGGAAUUCAGCUACCAUCUGGGUCUGCAACCAAGCCUAAGGACCCCCUUUUCAGCUCUCGCAGCACCGAGCUCCAGGGCCAACUCGAGCGGAUAGUGGACAACCUGCUAUUCGCCAUCUGCGGCCGAUCAGAUCCUACUUUGAAAUCGGCCGUCGAAGUUCUCGCCCAAGUCCUUGAAAGCACUGCUUAA